AUGCUGAAGAAGUUGGCUACGCAUGCCAUGUAUCACAUUUCUACCCUCUUGGACACUCACCCUCUUCGCUCCAUGAUGGGCGAGAGGCUCCUCAAGUGGGCUGAACCACAUGCCCACUCAGCCACCUUGAUGACCCCAGCUAUGCGAGGGAAAGUCAAGAGUACUGUUAUGGAGGUGGACAAGCCCAUCCACACCUUAACUGAGAGCUUCGAGCCCUUUGUGCCUGAAGCUCGCCCUGGUGAUCAGUUACUGGACCGCUAUGCAGACUGUCUCCAUUUUGACGAGUGCGAUCCUACCCAGGAUAGGCGCCUAUACCUCGACAAGCUCAUCGCAAAAGCGAGAGCAGACCCUUUAACAGUACUGGCUGCAACUGAUGGCUCUGUCCCUCAGUCCAACCAGUAUCAGGCGGCUUCGGCAGCCAUCAUCUACAAGGGACAUCGCAAGCUCGAAAGGACUCAUUAUGUCUCUGGCAGAGUGACCGCCCCAGAUGCGGAACUCAAUGCCAUUUCGUGCGUGGUGCACCUUGCUGUCAAGCAGGCAAACUGCCAGCAUAUUAUGGUCUUUACUGACUCUAUGGGAUCAGCCCACAGAGCGGUAGACCCUUCCGUUCAUUCUGGUCAGGCUUUUAGCCUGUCAGUCUGUCGCACUCUCCGAGAGUGGUUUGAGGUGGAUGAUCUCUGCUGCAUCACCUUCGUCUAUGUUCCAUCUGCUUUGCAGUGGGACAUUCAUGGUGAGGCACACAAGUACGUCACCGAACUCAAAGUCAGGGUUGGAUGUCGCAAGACAGACAAUUCUUUAGACGUGCUCCACUCUCGAGCUGCGCACUCAGUCCUGGAUUCAUGGAGUUCCACUUUCCAGGAUCCAACCUACCGCAGCUCUGAAUUCUUAGAGCUUCAAUGGCCUGACGGGCAGCCGCUACAGCCAUCGUACCUCAAUGGGGGACCUUGGCUUUCAACAUUUGGACACAGUAUUACUGAGUUCGCUCACAUUUGCUGGUGCAUAACUGGCCACGCGCCCAUUGGAGCGUAUUACCGUUGCUUCAAGAUUAAUGAGCCUCAUGGCUGCACUUGCAGGGCUGCUCUGCAGUCUUGCCAGCACAUCCUCUUUUGCUGCCACGAUAGAUACUCUGUACACUAUCCCCGUUUUCUCGGGGAUAUUGCAUCGUUUUUGAAGUACAACCCUACGGUGUUUGGCUUCAACCGGGACCCCUUGGGUGUCGGAUAG